CUCGAGUGUGAGGCGGGAAUCAUAUGACCUGCGCUCAUUCCUGUAGUAUCGCCGUGUCGCGCGCGCUGGGAAGCGCAUUUCUCUCCGCCCGGCUCUCGCGAUCGAGGAGCUCAGCUUUAACAUGCACCAGACUGCAGUUCACCACUGAAAAACUGACGGAUAUUUAUUCAAACAGCGCCUUCAUUCUCCUAUUCACAAGAAUAUACGUGGUUACGUGAGACGAUGCCUGAAGAAAAAGCGUUUCACCAGCAGGCUGUCCACAGUCCCCUGGAGCAGCAGAAGGGCGCGCGGCAGAGUGGCCCCGUCCCCUGUCAAAACUGUGGCAAACCCUGCAAAGGAGAGGUGCUCCGGGUGCAGAACAAACACUUCCACAUCAAGUGCUUUGUUUGCAAAGUUUGUGGAUGUGACUUGGCUCAGGGAGGGUUUUUCGUGCGUCAGGGCGAGUAUAUCUGCACUGUGGAUUACCAGCGACUCUAUGGCACCCGCUGCUUCAGCUGUGAGGAGUUCAUUGAAGGGGAGGUGGUGUCUGCACUGGGCAAGACCUACCAUCCACGCUGCUUUGUCUGUGCCACCUGCAAGCAGCCGUUUCCAGCUGGUGACCGCGUGACGUUUAAUGGGAAGGAGUGCAUUUGUGAGAAAUGUACUCAGCCUGUGCCAGUCAACAGCACGGCUCCCCCACAGGCUGUGCACAAUUGCUGUGGAUGUGGAAAGGAGUUUAAAAAUGAGCAGUCUCUGGUGGCGCUGGACAAGCACUGGCACCUCGGCUGCUUCAAGUGCAAAGUGUGCAAUAAAGUGCUUAAUGCCGAAUACAUCAGCAAGGAUGGAAUCCCCUACUGUGAGGCAGAUUACCACGCCAUGUUUGGCAUCCAGUGUGAAACCUGCAAGAAAUACAUCACCGGAAAAGUACUUGAGGCUGGAGAAAAACACUACCAUCCCACAUGUGCCAGAUGUGCUCGAUGUGACCAGAUGUUUGGGGAAGGGGAGGAGAUGUACCUACAAGGUUCUUCCAUCUGGCAUCCUCCUUGCAGACAGGCAGCGCGUAUGGAGGAGAAGAGCAAGAAACAGGUGCGGAUUCAGCUCAGUGAUCUCCAUUCUCAUGUACCUGAGCAGGUGACGCGAACCUCCUCUGAGAGCAUCACUUCUGCUCCAGCCUCCAGCGCCUCAGGCUCCCCCAGCAGAGUUAUCUAUGCAAAACUGGGUGAUGAACUUCUGGAUUAUAAGGAUCUGGCUGCUCUUCCUAAAAUCAAAGCCAUCUACAACAUUGACAGACCUGACAUGCUUUCAUACUCGCCCUAUGUGAGCUACCCUGUGGAGGACAGGACUUUUGGAGAGUCACCCCAGCAACUCACCCCUACUCCAACUGAGGGAGAUGGGGAAAAGUCCCCCCGUCAGAGGAGGCCCUCGAGCCCCAGCUCCAACAGCUCUUUAGGAGGCUAUGGCCGCUAUACGCCUUCCCGCUCACCACAGACCUACAGCAGACCAGACCAGUAUCUGAGCAUCAAAUACACCACCCAGCCAGAAAAUUCCCAUUUGUUGUCUGUACCAACUUCGGGGAGGAGUAGCGCCCAUGGUAGUGCAAGAGGCUCCUCCCCGCUGCCUCUGUACAACAGCAGUGGUAGAAACACACCCCAGGCAGCUCUGCCCCUCAACCCCACUACUCUGGCUUUACUCCAACAACACAACUACAUCCCUUACUUCAGAGGUAGUGAAAGUGGGCGCAGUACCCCCAGUCUCUCCACCUACUCUGAUGGCAAAUCUCCAUCCUCUACAUAUGUGGCAGCCCCACGGCAUUUCCAUAUCCCAGAGACUAAAGUCAAAGAUAAUAUCUAUAGAAAGCCCCCUAUCUACAAACAGCAUGCUUCCAGAACCUCCUGGCAAGAUGGUGAUGAUGUAGACAGAAAGACAAGGACCAGUUGGAUGAACCUGAAGACUGAGAUUGAUGGACAGUCUCCAGAGCUGGACCCCAGGACCUCCACACACAGCCUGCCCACUGAUAUGUCACAACCCAACUUUCCAUAUAAUAAGUCUGCUUCCCUGCCAGGAUAUGGGCGGAACGGCAUAUACAAGGCAGCUGAUCUUGGUGAGGAUGAGGCAGACCAUGAUUCAUCCUGGAGUGGAAUGAGAGAGUACAAGGUGUACCCCUAUGACGUGCUAGCUGUGUCCCACAGAGUCCGAGUAAAACUACCACGUGACGUGGACCGCACCAGACUGGAGAGGCACCUGUCACCAGAGGACUUCUACAACGUGUUUAGGAUGACCAUUGAACAGUUUGACCGCUUGGCCUUGUGGAAGAAAAAUGAUCUGAAGAAGAAAGCCCGCUUGUUUUAAACCACGCUGGAUUGCUCGAAGGAAAGCAAAGAUAAAGAGAAAACCUCUUCUCAUCCGUCCUGUGUGCACGGAGAGAUGAGUGUGAGAGAAAUAUAUAUGCACCUCCGUUCUGCUGCAUAGCUACUGCCAUCCCAUCUCACGCUGAGGAAGAGGAAGUGCUUUCACUACGCUGUUCGCUACCAAGCUUCAUGUGUGAACGCCACAUCACAUGGUCUGAAUGUUAAUCCGAGACUGGAGUCGGAACUCAAUUCUCCACGACUCUCUUUGAUUGUGUUCGAUUUCGCUCCCUCGGCUGUCUUUGUGAUUUACUGCGUUGUAUUCUCUCUUUGUGGAAAAAGCACUCAAUAUUGAUAUAAGCCUCUUUCUUUACAUUUUAUACCGUUGAUAAAACAAGGCCAACCAGCUCUACUUGUAAAUCUUUAUGCUGUGUAAUAACAUCCAAUGUUCCCACUCCCCUUGUCUUUGUUUGCUAUGAAUGUCGUCCUAUGCCUUUGUCCUUGUCUACACAUAUAGAGUGCAUUAUUCUGCCUUGCUUAUUGCAUCAGCAGAUCUGGUUCCGGAAGUAUUUUUACCAUUCAAUUUUCCAAUAGGGAUCAAAAAAAGAUCUCAAUUAUGUGGAAAAUCAAAACUUUGAACUUUUGAAACAUAAGAGAGAAUCAAAAUCCAACAAAAGACUCGGAAGAAAAGGUUUACAAAGAACUACAAUCUCAUAAAGCAUUGCAAAUAACACAGUCAAAUUAAAAAAUCAGUUGAAAAAUGUAAAACUCUUAAUUUAAAGUUGGUUGUAUUUAUACACAUGCUUAAAGUUAAUUUCUGGUAUGCACAUUUUUCAGGUAUUUUGAUUGUUUUUUUUUUUUUAUUACCUACUUUGUGAAGUUUAUUUAUAAAUGAAUUUCGAGAGGAUCACAGGCUUAUGAUUGUUCACAGCUCACAAUUAAUUUACCAAUCAGAUGAUUCCUAACUCACUAUAAAUAACCAGAGUUUACUUAUCUCAGUAUCUUCAUCUUAAAGAAUCCCCUCCUUUCCAGAUGGGCGACACAACGGCCCAGUGAGUUGUCUCACAGCACGCAUGUCUCUGGUUAAAGUCUCUAUUAAACCAGUUGACAUUUCUCUGCGGAGUUUGAGCGUUUUCUUCGUGCUCAUGUGGGUUUUCCCCAGGUUCUCCGGUUUCCUCCCACAGUCCAAAAACAGGCAACCUAGGUAAAUUGAACAUACCAAAUUGAUACCAUAGCCAAGCUCCUAGCAAGUGUACUUCUCUUUUUAGCCAUCCUGUAUCUGUCAUUAGUCAGAAAUAAGCCAGGGGGAGUUCAUCGAGAUCUACCUGAGCUCAAACUCCCUUUCGCCCCUCAAACGAAGGGAGCCCAGGGCUCGAGGAUCUCAUAAGCUCAAUCAAUCAUCAUCUAAGUGUGAACUCUUAAAUGCAAUUUAGUUCUAGGUUUUUUGUCCGGUGAAAACCAAGCUAGUGCAGAAACAUUUCUGACGUCUUAAAAUCAAAAGUACUUUUUUUUUUUUUAACUGAUUGUUGAUAGGGGGCGCUAAAACUUUUGAGCCACUUUUGCUAAAAUGAUUCUAACUCUUGAACAAAAUGAUAUACUGUACCUUUACUAACUCUAAAUAUGCAUGUGAAAACUCAUUGAGAACUCGCAUUUGGCCAGGUGGUGGCACUAUAACCUGAAAACACCCAAGCAUGUAAAAUCAUGGUCCUAAUGGACUUUUUGUUCUAUUGGCUUCCCUUCAGACCAGAUACGCGAGCCGGUGCAAGUAUAUUUUGGAUUUCGCUUCUUAGCAAAGUUUAGUGAACUCUGAAGAUGUAUCCGUUCACACGCAUGUGACUUGGCCCAACUAGAAAUGCAGGAUCUUGCUUAAAAUUUUGCAUGUCCUUGCAUUGAAAAGUACAACUAUAGUGAACUCUGACCGGCGAAUUGCGUAAGACCAACAGAAGUUCAAAACUUGACCUCUCUACAGAACCUCUUUACUUGUUUCAUCCCCCCCCCGCCCCUUUUGUAGCACUGUCCAAAUGAAUUUUGCUUACUCAAAGACUUGAAUGAAUGCCACUUAAUUUGCGAAUUAAAGUCACGUGAAUGUGUGAGACUAAUAGAAGAACAAAAUGUCACCUCUCCGUACAGAAGUUUAAAACAUGGGGGAUUUGCUUAUUUUAGCAGUGCUGCAUCAUCUUAUUUUACCCUGCCCAUUUUCACCACACACCGUCUCUAGUGUGACAGUAUCUAUAGAUGUACUUAGGGAAAGAAUGUAAUCAUAUGAAGCAUUGUAAAUGACACAAUCAUAUAUUAAACAACGGAGGAAUAUAAAAACUUUUACUUAAAGUUGUUAGUUGUAUCCAUAAAAAUAUUUAAGUAUCUAAUGGGGUUCUCAAACUUGGUCCUGGAGGGCCAGUGUCCUGCAGAUUUGAGCUCCAGCUUGCCUCAGCACACCUUCCUGGAUACUUCUAGUAUGCCUACAUUUGAUCAGCUGGUUCAGGUGUGUUUAAUUAUGGUUGAAGCUAAAAUCUGCAGGUCACCGGCCUUCCAGAACCCCUGAUCUAGAGUGUGUAGACUGAUUUGUUAUUUGUGGUGGUUCAUGGAUUGGAUGAUCUUUGGUAGCUCUUUGCUUGCUGUAACUCUGAUUGGUGGACUUUUUGUACAGCAUUAUGGGAAAUGCUGUACAGAUCGUCAGAAAAAGCAUAUACAAUCGAUUAACAUCAUUGGAGCUCUCAACAGGUCUGCCUUUAAAGGUUUUCCCUAUAGGAAAAAUGAAUGAGUUUUUACUUCCGGAUCCUAACUGCUUUAUUGUUUGCUCAGUGUGUUUCUCUCACUCUUUUAACCUGCCUGUUCCUCUUCUUACCUCCUAAACAUGAUACUCAGCCACUGCUUGGACUGUAAUAUCUAUCAUGUAAUAUCAGCUUUAUGGAAGCUUUGUCGUCCAUGGCUUUAGCAUGACCAGGCCAAAGACUCGUUCAGAGCAAGAAGUCAACAAAGCACCUUAGAUGUGACCUAACCAGACGUGGCGCAAUAAAAUGUCAAACGUUUUUUUUUAAAUGUCCUUUCCAGCCUCAAUAGUGACAAACAAAGAGCAACAGAACUCUUGUUUGAUCCAUUGGUUUCUAGUUUCAUGACAUUACACUGUUCAGCCCCGCCCACUGUGAAAUCUCAUUGGUUCCCUCAAACGGUAUUAAAGGGAUGGUUAACAUAAAAAUAAAACGUUUCUGUUCAUUCAUUCACACUCAGGCCAUUCAAAAUGUAGGUGUCAGUGGAAUAUUAAAGAAGAUUUUUAGCCAAAUCCAUUGUUUCAUAAAAUACAAGUCAACAGCUACAGUACCAACACUUUCAGAUUCAAAAAACAGUCAAAACAACAGUCCCUGUGUUAAGACUUUACUUGAAGUGGUGUUAAGACUGUCUUUAAAACCUUUAUCUUAUGCAUGCUUAUAACAAAAGGCAUAGGUUUGCUCUUGACAUUGGUGGCGACCCAUGACCUACCAUCCUCACUUGCGUGUCACCCACCUCACACACCUUAUUCUUGCUUGGGAAAAAUUCCCCUGCUCAUUUUUGGUGCUAAACGCAGCUACAGCCUCUCACACGACAGCAGGGAAAGGCUCAGCCAAUCACAAUGAUCAUGUGUUUCGGGGGCAGUACAACUCGAGUAUAGAAUGUGAUUUAACCCUUUUUGCAUGUCUAGGUUAAUGUUGACUUUUUUAAAUUAUUGGUGGGGAUAUUUCAGUAGUCAGUGGAUACUGGUCAGGACACGUCACUUUUGUCCAUGCUAAAUCUACACCCCUGCUUAUAACAAAUAUCAUUAAGUGUCAUUCGCUCAGUUAUGACAUUUUAAAUGCAAUGACAUUGUGUGUUCCAUGAGGACGUCAACAUGAUGUCAUAUUUGACAUUGUACCCCAACAUACCUUAACAUCGUGGGGAUGUUGGAUUUUGUUUGGAAAUAAAAAUUGGGUUGACGACAGAUCCCAAUGUUAGGCUGACGUCAAUGUUCAACGUCCAACAUAUAAUCAACCUAAAAUCAACCAAAUAUCAACGUCUAAUUAUGUUACACCUUGACGUUGUGUGGACGUUACCACUAUGACAUCUAUAAGACGUUGGAUUUUGGUCGCUUUUCAACACAACCUAAAAUCAAACAAAUAUCAAUGUAAUUUGAAGUCGUUAUUGGACAUCAAAAUGACAUUAUCCUUAGACGCUGGCUAGACAUUGAAUGAUGUCAUGACCUAAAUCUAACUUAAUAUUAAUGUCUCAUGAUGUUGUGUGCCUGCUGGGUUAUGACAACCUGACAUAAACAAAUCACAACAUGUUUUUGUCUUUGUCAUGACAACUUAUUACCAAGACAAAAAAAAACUUGUCAUAAAUCUGGCAUAAACAUGAGUGUCAUGAAGCCAUUAUAAAUGUUUCAUGAAUUUUAUAACCGCGUAAUUAAUAUUUUUUGACCUCAACUACACUGGCACACGCUGAAUUUGUCAUUAGAAUGUCAUGAAAUAUUAAUGACCCUGUUAAACAUUAUUUCACAGGGUAAUGACACUUUUAAUUAAACAUUUUAAUGACAAAUACUGAAAAUGUGAUUCAUGACACAAUUAUAAUGGCCUCAAGGCAAUCAUGCUUAUGACCAGAUAUGUUGUUUUGGUAAUGACAUAGAUGAAGACUUGUUGUGAUUUAUUUAUGUCAAGUUGUCAUAACAAACAAUGUCAUCUUUGCAUUUAAAAUGGCAUAACUGAGCAACAUAACAGAAUCAUAAGCAUGCAUAAAAUCUCAUUCACAUUCAUGACAUGUCCUAUGUCAUGAUUAUGAAGGUUUCAUGACCAUGACAUGUCCUAUGUCAUGAUUAUGAAGGUUUCAUGACCAUGACAUGUCCUAUGUCAUGAUUAUGAAGGUUUCAUGACCAUGACAUGUCCUAUGUCAUGAUUAUGAAGGCUUCAUGACAGUCUUAUGAACACCCCUUCAAGUGUUCCUGUUGAUACAUUGAGGUCUUAUUAAGUGAAACAAUUGGUCUGUACAAGAAACUGAACUUUAAUUACAACAUUACAGUUAUUCCAUAUAGUCUCUGCGCAAACUCACAAGUGAACUGAACUUCCCUUUAAAUAUGCAGUGUCUUCUCAUUGGCUGUGAUUUGUGUCACAUUAUGCUUUGGUUUUUGAAUAUGUGCGCCUGGUUAGGAUACAGUGUUAGUUGAUAUGUUCAUUAUUAAUCGUUGUUGACUGAUUGUGAGUGUGAACAGCUGGAACAAUGCAUCCUUUUUGUGUUAUAUUAUGAAUUUGUUUGCUUCUUCAGGUAAAUGUGCAAUUCAUCCUCAGAGAUUUAUCAUAUCACAGUUUUCCAGUAAGACAUUUAGACUUUUAAAUUGAUAUCUAAACAUCACAUACUCUCUCCAUAUAUAUAUUGUGCACAAUACGCACAAUCAUAAUUGCAUCAACCAGACAUCGCAUCUGUCUGUCUAUUGUUUAAUCUGCACAAAUGAAAGUACUCACAACAGAGAAACUCUUAUUUUUGUAUGCAUUUUCUUUCAUACAGAUGUCUGCCUGAUUAUUUCCAUUUGCAAAUAAUUGACUUUAGCAUGAAGCCAUGCCAAAGUUAACAGUUUUUGUAGCAAUUAGCUAAACUAAUACAACACAACAUCUAAUAAAGCAUGCGGUUCAGCGGUGCUUCGUUUUAUGGCGGUUUUCUAUUGUUUUUUGAUUGUUGAUAAAUGUGUGUGCAUUAUAUUGAUUUACAAAAAUGUCUGUUACACUGAUCAUAUCACUUUGUAGGCAUGCACUACAAACAGAAGCAUCAUGUAAUGGCGUAAUAAUGAAUAUUAGAUUGUAAUGAUGAUGUGUUUUUGAUUUGAGAUCUGAAAGUUGUUGUUUUGUUUCCUCAGACACAUUCUUAAAGGGAUGCUUUCCCCAAAAUAUGUAUUGUUAUUGUAUUCACCCUCAGGCCAGAUGUAGAUGACUUUUUCUUCAGUAGAAUACAUAGCAGAAUUUUAGAAGAAGCCAUGGUCCUUAGUGAUUCAACAUGCAAGUCAACCAGCCAAUUCGAAUGUUAUCACUCGAUUGAAUUGGUGUUAUCAGUAGGCGCAUUAGGUGUUAUCAUCCAUCCACAUGGUUAAUCAGGUAUAAAUGACAUAUGGCUGCGGCCAGAACUUAACGAGAAUUAUUUAUAUUAUAAGUUCUUAAUAAUUGUAUUUUAUUAACGUCUACCCCAACCCUAAACCCAACUGUCACAGUAAUGUAAAUACAGAUCUGGAUCUGGAGUCUUCUCUAAUAGUAUACAGGCAAAAAGUGGAGCUUUUUAGUUAUUUGAGGUUCAAAAACUGCAUUUUAGUGACACUUUAAGCAUUAAUUUGUGCUGGAUUAGCUUGUCGGAUGGUUAUCAUUACCACACUUUUGAUGCAACAAAAAUACUUUCUACAUUUUGUCAAAGUGCUUAUCUUACUACUUUUUUGUUUACAAAAAUGUAUGUUUAUUUGCAGGUUUAUUUACAGUUAUGAAUGUAAUGAUAUUACAAUUUUAGAAAUAUAAAAAAAUCUUAUUUAUAAAUGCUAAUUUAUUAUCAUCCAUCAUCAAACAAACAAACAAACAAACAAACAAACAAACAAACAAACAAACAACAAAGAGAAUUUUUUUAAUGAAAAACUAGCCUAUAUGCAGCUCAUUUACAGAAUUUGUCCAUUUAAAUAAUUUUAAAAAGCCCUCUUUUAUUGGUCAUUUUAUUGGUUUUUCUUUUUAAAGCCUUCUUCUAUUGGUUAUUUUCACAAUUUAUGAUGGCAUAGUCAAAAAUGGAACAAAUGAGCUUAUAUGGGGGCCAAAUUCUGGACUUUGUCAGAAGGGGGGGGGGGGGGGGGGGGUCUUUCAAACUACCUAAACCCUCCCAGCUAUGGGCCUGGUAUAGCUGAUUAACCAUGUGGAUAGAUUAUAACAGCCUUCUGAGCCUACCAGUAGGAACAGAAGGCCCAUACUGGCCUAUAUCUAUCAGCUGAUAACCACUGAUCGCACCCAUUCAAUCGAGUCCAUUCGAGCGGGUGAGUCAAAAGCACUUUGAGAGUCAACAAACAUAUAAAGGCCAAACCAAAUUUUUCACAUGGCUCCUGAUGUCUUUUAAAGCUAAACCAAUAGGCAAUGUAAAACAACUGCAAAUCUUUAACGUUCCAGUAAAAAGAGUAAUCCACAUCUCGGAUGACCUGAGGAUGAGUGGAUUAAACGCAAAUUAAAAUUUUUGAGUGAACUAUUCCUCACUUGUAGCUUUCAAUUACUUGAAAGAAUGAAGAAAAUCAAGUGUUUCGUCCUUUUAGUCAAACGAAUUUGUCACAUACUGUACAAAAAAAGUUAUGACAGCGGAUGUUUUUACUUUAUGUUGAGUAAGUCAAUCAGGCUUCGACUUAAUUUUUUAAGUUAAAUUUUAACCUGAUGUUUUAAGUCAGCUUGAUGUAAGUUAAAAUGACUUGUACUAUAAAGUUAAUUGGUUCAACUCAAAAAUUUUACUUAAAUUGGUUCAACUUAAAUGUAAAAAUCAAAAGCAACAAAUGUUUUACAGUUCAAAAGUUUGAAAGUGUUAGAAACACCACAUUACAUAUAGUUCAGUCUAAUGAAAACCAUGUGCAACAUGUGCCUAUCUUGUACAAUAUCAAGGCAUCUUUGGAUUUUUUUAUUUCUCAGCAGCAGGGAAACUCUUGCUUUCUUGUUGAUUGUGAAAGUAUAACAUUAAAUGUGUGCAUAUCCAAAUCUAUUUCUUCAGGGUCAUAUAUAACGUAACAUUUUUCAUGCAGUACAUUUUAGCCAUCGCUGGUUAUGCCAAAAUCUGUUGUUCUGGGGAAAAUACACAGUAAGGCUCGUCUCAAACACAUGAAUGUGUUUUGGUCUGAGAGUGUAGGUGGGAGUCUUCCCAGAAGAGCUGCGGAGGAUGAAUGCGCUGCUCUUAUUUAAACAGCUGUAGAAACAGGCACGCGUGUGGUGUUAGCUGACAGAUCAGCUGUCCAGACUAGGUGAGUUCAGAUCAGUGUGUGCUAAAUCAUCUUCAUUAUUAUUGUUUUUUACAUAUCACUGAUCUAGCCCUUAAAAAGAGACAAGACUGCACACAGAGGUCAUAUCUGCAUCUGCCCCGGUUCCAUUUAUGUGUUUUCCUAAAAUAUGAUUUGCUGUUGUGUUUUUCUUUGUGUACUGUAUGUGUGAAGUCUCUUUGUCUGUAUGAAAGCAGAUGUAGGACUGUCUGUGACCCAGGAGAACUCUGACCCAACAGUUUUGAGAGCUGCUUUCCUACUUUUGCUACUAUUACACGUGAAGAGAGUUUGUGCCUGUUCUGACUGCAUUCAAACAAAUGUUUUGUUUUAUACCUAGAAUGUUUGAGAGACCUUCUUCUGAAGUUAUAUUUGUGUUAUGAUGAGGUCACUUGACAUAAUGGGUUAUCCCAUGGUGUGCGCUGCAAGUUUUGUUUGUUUGUUUGUUUGGUUGUUUGUAUGCGAGCUAACUACAGAGUACAGUAUAACUGUGAUUGUGAUGUUAUUCUGACUGUGCAAUGUAAUGAGUUUGGGAAAUGUAAAUGCACCCAUUUUAUUCACCAUAUAUUUGAGUUGCUUUGCAAGAAAAAUUGAUAUUCAUCCCAAUAAAUACAGCUACUUCAACUGACAA